AUGCUGAGAUGCUGCACAGUGCAUUGUGGCAUUUGGGACAGUGCAUCUCCCAGACAAAAGAGCUUCUUGCUGACCUCUCAGUGGUACCCAAAGGUGAUGAUCCAGAUGGACAGAGCAAUAAGGCGUAUGGAGCCAUGGAAGAUAGCAGUCAUCGUUGUGUCAGUGAUAGUAGUGUUAGCCCUCAUCAUUGGCUUGAUUACAUACUUUUUAUGUCAUGAUCAGGACCGAUAUUACAAUGCAACUUUCCUAAUCACCAAUGUUGAGUAUGACCCUCAGUAUGAAAAGCAAACCACAGAAGACUUCAGGCACCUGAGCCAAGAAGUUGAAACCAUGAUGUCUGCAGUAUUCAAUGGGUCCUUUCUAAGUAGAAGGUACAUCAGGUCCCAUGUUGUCAGUUUAAGCCCAGAUGCUGGUGGAGUGCUUGCAUCUGUUGUUCUGGUAUUUAAAUUUGCCUCGGCUGACAGUAAGGCAACAAGCUGGAGUCACAUUAACGAUGUGUUACGCAGAAGGCUGAAAUCAAGCUCGACAUUCUUGAAUGUUGACGAGUCUACCCUUAGACUUACAGACUUGAAUAAGGAAAAAGGAGAUAACCUUUUAAACAACUGCUGUGGAAUACGAAAACAGGCAUUCUCCUUCACAGGAGAGGAGAGAAUAACUGGUGGGCAGCGUGCACGGGAAGGGGAAUGGCCCUGGCAGGCCAGUAUUCAGUACGAUGGGAGCCAUCGCUGUGGUGCGUCAGUGAUCAGUAAUACGUGGCUAGUGACUGCAGCGCACUGCUUUAAAGGAGGAAGAACAGAUCCUAGGAGGUGGACUGCCAGCUUCGGAAUUCUGCUGAGACCUCCAACCCAGAAAAAAUUAGUCCGAAGAAUUAUCAUUCAUGAAAGAUACAACAUCUUAGGCCUUGAUCAUGAAUAUGAUGUGGCUGUUGUUCAACUUGCCUCUGCUAUUGAGUUCACGAGUGAUGUGCACAGUGUCUGCCUCCCUGAAGCAUCUCAUGUGUUCCCAGACAACAGUUCCUGUUUUGUCACGGGUUGGGGAGCUUUGGAGAAUGAUGGCUAUAGUGUUAAUCAGCUUCGACAAGCAGAAAUAAAAAUUAUAAAUACUGCAACUUGUAAUAGAAGAGAAGUGUACAAUGGAGUAAUAACACCUGGAAUGUUGUGUGCUGGAUACUUGAUGGGGAAGGUCGAUGCCUGCCAGGGUGACUCUGGUGGGCCACUGGUGAAUGCGAACUCCAGAGGAAUCUGGUAUCUGGUGGGAAUAGUAAGCUGGGGAGAUGAAUGUGGCAAGCUAAAUAAACCAGGAGUAUACACAAGAGUGACUUACUAUCGAAACUGGAUCAACUCCAAAACAGGCAUCUGA